AUGGAGAAGCAGGACACUGUCAUGAGAGAAGCCAUCCCAGCCAAGCUUCGCCUAGCUCUCACCCUGAGAUAUCUUGCCUCCGGAGAGCUCUCCGGCGUGAAGGAGAGGCUCUCCAGCGAGGAGGAAAAGAUCGCCUGGUUUUCUUCUGAGGAGUGCACGUGCUUGCAGGAGUGCUGCCGCUUCGAUCUGCUGUUCUUGAGCAAUCAAGCUGUACCUAAGCAGAGCAAGUCGAAUUUGAAUGAAGAAGAUGAUGGGAAAGCAGAAGAAAGCCAGUCUGAGGUUGAGUGCCACGCAGGAGAGCUCUCCGGCGUGAAGGAGAGGCUCUCCAGCGAGGAGGAAAAGAUCGCCUGGUUUUCUUCUGAGGAGUGCACCCAAGCGUGCUUUGACUUAUUCUGCGCAAUGGAUGCGGCGAAGAAUGAUCCAUGGAGUCGAGAAACGCUGAGAGAGCUUUUUUCCUUGUACAAGGAACGAGAAAACUUGUGGAACUGCAAGCAUCCUUCAUAUUAUAAGUCAAAUGUUCGAGAUGCAAGCUUAAACGAAAUAGCAACCCAACUGGGUGUUGCAUCUAAGGAAGUAUACAAGAAGUUUCACAAUCAUAGGACCCAAUGGGAUCUGCUGUUCUUGAGCAAUCAAGCUGUACCUAAGCAGAGCAAGUCGAAUUUGAAUGAAGAAGAUGAUGGGAAAGCAGAAGAAAGUCAGUCUGAGGUAACUGUGGGCGAUGGUGAGCCAGAGGCAAAAAAGAAGCCUCGUCAAAAGAAAGGCGACGAGAUCAUGAACCGUGCUUUAGAGGAUAUUGGAGGACUGACAAAGUCGCACAAAGCCUUGCAGCUAGGCGAUGGUGAACCAAAGGCAAAAAAGAAGCCUCGUCAAAAGAAAGGCGACGAGAUCAUGAACCGUGCUUUAGAGGAAAUUGGAGGACUGACAAAAGUCGCACAAAGCCUUGCAGCUAGUCGCAGCAAACCCCAGCAACAUGAACAACCACCAAAGGAAAUAAAGGAGCAUGACGGCUUUUGCAUGGAUUUGGCUGCAGAAUUGCGUACACUCCAAGACCCAAAGCUGGUAUCAUUUUUGAAAUUCAAGAUACAGGAGUUGAUGUUUCAGGCAAAAUGUGGGAUUCUACUGCUGGCGAGAAAGAAGAAUGCACGCCUCGUGUAA